ACUGAAAUCGUGUUGGUGUCGCUCUGUAAUGGCCGACAUUGAGCUGAAUUGUCGCAUUGAGUUGCAAAGUGCCCCAAAAAGUCCAUUUAUUCACUAAAUCAGCUCAAUUUUCACCUUCUAAAUGCAAUUAUUCAGUUAUUUAGUGUUCAGUCGUAACAUUAACUACCGUCUUGUGGUGCAUAGUGACUGGUAAUGUGGUAAAAAUUGCCAUUUUAUCGGCCUGUGUUUGUGUGGUGCACAUAAUUUCUCCCCAUCGACAAAAAAGGGACAGAGACAAGAAGGAAUACAAUACACAGAAAAAAAAAAUAACGAACAAAAAAAAAUAACAAGAAGCAAUAGAUUUGCUUUAAAUUUCCUUUCUUUUUAAUUUUUAAAAAAGAAAAAGAGGAAAAGGAAAUUGUGGAGAUUUUUUGGAAUUUGUUCCCAGUGUGAUACGUCGGGAGAGAAAUUUCGGGGAAAUGUUUGACUACCAUUUAGGCUACCUUAGGGUCCUAGUGUACCUCUAAAAGGAGAACCUAAGAUAAUCCUAAAGUCGGAUUUACAUACAAAUAUAUUAUUUAAAUUUAGAAGAGACAUUUAAUUUUAUUUAUUUGUGUUUAUUAUUGGGGUUUUGUGUAUUUUUGUUUUUUAAAUUAUCGUGAACAUCCAGAUGCAAUAAUGUGUGGAUCCUAGAUUAGAUAAAUUGUGUAUAAAGGGAUAAGGAUCCUUAAAGCACCUACAAAACAAAAAAAAAAACAAAAAAGAAACCGGAAAUGAUUCGAUGGAAGUGCCAAGGCCUAUUCCAGUGAAAAAAGCUGAGAUAGAGACACAAAGAGUAGUGUAGGUGCCUAGGAACUAAACAUAAACAACAAAAAAGAAAAUAGGGAGAAGAUUUUCCAACGACGAUUAGGAGAAAUAUUUACAAUCUCCAAUUUAAAUUUAAAAAUAAUUAAAAAAAAACCCUAGAAUAAAAGAAAGAAACCCCUCCCUACGUCCUAGAGAGGUUCCGGACAAGGGCCUAGGCCUAUCAACAACAAAAGAAACAACAAGCAAAGAAGAGGAUAAAAGACAAAUGGUACAGAGGGACUGUGCAUCACGAAGAAGGAGUGGACGAUCACCAAAAAGACGUGAUUCAGGUGGCAGGAUGAGUCUUUUGGUUAUCUGUGGACGUCACAGAUCACCAUCGUGCAUCAGUAUCGUACUGCUCAUCUGCCUUGAAACACUUCUACUCUUCACAGUCUCCAAUUGUGCCAAAACAUUCUACAUGCACUGGAACACAACGAACAGCAUAUUCCGAAUAGACAACACAGAUCACAUAAUUGAUGUGAACAAGGGUAACCUGGCAUUUGAGUAUGAUCAGGUACAUAUAAUCUGUCCAGUGUAUGAGCCGGGAACAUUUGACAAUGAAACAGAAAAGUACAUAAUCUACAAUGUGUCAAAGGCCGAAUAUGAGACAUGUAGAAUAACAAAUGCAAAUCCAAGAAUUAUUGCUGUCUGCGAUAAACCGCAGAAAUUAAUGUUUUUCACCAUCACCUUCCGCCCUUUCACCCCACAGCCAGGUGGUUUGGAAUUUUUACCUGGCAAUGACUACUACUUCAUCUCAACAUCAUCGAAAGAUGAUUUACAUCGUCGAAUUGGUGGUCGAUGUUCAACAAAUAACAUGAAGGUGGUAUUCAAAGUUUGCUGCAGUGACAAAAAAGUCAAUCAACAGCAAUCAAGUAGUCCAGCUCGGGAUACUGGACCAAAAUCUAAUUUCAGUUCAGCCCAAAAUGAUCGUAAUACAACAAUACCGUAUGUUACAAUGGAUGGUAGUGGUAUUGCCAUCAAUACAAAUAUCGAUAGUCCGAGGGAUUUGCCACCAUUGUUGCCCAGCAUCAAUUCAAAUUCCAGCAAUGUUGUCCAGAGCACAAUGUCAUGGCCAACAUGGCGCGGAGGGUCACCAGAUGAUGGACAUCGUAAUGCAACAAUUGCCAUUACAUCACCUCGACCCACCAUCAACAGUCCCAUUAAUUCAAAUUCAAAUCCCAACAGCAAUCAUGCGCCGUCCUACAAGCCAACAAAGAAAACAAAUGAGUACGAUAAGCACCCGAAUGAAGUUGUGAAGAACGAAGAGUUGACUUACAGUAGCGCUACUCGUGGUGGCUUUUGGAAACAUCCCAGCACUAGUCUUAGUUGUAUUUUAAGUAUUUGUGUCACAUUGGGACUUACAAUCUGUCAACGGUGAGCCCAAAUUUAAAAAACAAAAAAGUAAAAGUAAAAAAAAGUAAAAUAAUCGAGAAACUCACGCCAUCAAACUCAAAAUGGUGAAUGCAAAAUAUGGCAUUAGAAUGAGCAAAAUGUGAGUCUGACAUCGACUGUCACACGAGACAAAACAAAGUUGACAGAUGGACAUUUGCAAAAAAACAACUAUAAUUCGUACAUUCUCUAUCAACAUAAUAUAUUUAUCACUGUAGCUCUCUUCAACAAAAAAAAAACAGGAUCCUUUUAGUCCUUUCCUCAACAUUUAUUUAAAUUAAAAAAAAAAUAAUGAUCCCUCUGUGAAAACAAUCCCAAAAGUCUGAUAAUGGCAGCAUUUUCUUAUUUCUUUUUUGUUUUUUUUUCUAUAUUUUUUUUUUAAAAUAAUUAUUUAAUUUAACAACAAACAAAAAAAAACAAACUAUUUUCUAUGUAUUUUAGAGAAGAAAAACUCACAAAAAAAAUGAAAAGAAACAACACAAGUGAAGAAGAAAAAAAAAAUAUGAACAAAACAAUAUUUAGAGGUUAGAAAUGCGACGUAAUAUCAUUUCACAACACAGAACCUUAGGUUAGUUUGAAAUAUUAAGAAUUAAAAAGAAAAAAAAGACAAAAAAAACUACCCACAUCACAAACUAUUGUGUCAUUUUGUUUUUUUUUACUCUUUGGGGUCUAUAUUAUUAUUAUUAUUUUUUUUUUUACAGGAAUUCCCUUAAAGAAAAAGAAACAAAAUAACUAACAUUUUCUUGUGUGACGUAUAAAUGACAAUUAUAGUUGGAUAGAUAAAUGGAUAAGAAAGUUCUUUUUUUUUAAAAAAAAUUGUUUUUCUAAUUUUUUUUUUUCAAUUGAAACGAAAUACAUAACAUAAAUCGUUCAUUUUCUCAUGCCCCAAGAAGGUAUUUGAAAAAUAAAUUUAAAAAAAAAAUAGAAAGAAACGAAGAAAAAAGCCUAAAAUUUGAAAAAUUAGAACAAUUUCCAACUAAUCUUUUGUUAUAAGAAGGAAAAUCAAAAAUUGAACAGUGGAAUUUGACAUUUUUUGCAGUGUUUGACACUUAAAUCUGACAGUUGUCAGAGAAAUUAAUGUCAAAACAGAGAUGACCUAAGCAUUUCUUCCAAGGAAAGCAAUUUUGUGUUACAAAAAAAACUCUGUCCAAUAUCCGGCUAACGAAAGACAAAAUGACAUUUGGGUUUUUUGAAUCUGGUCAACGGUUUUUUUUUUUUUUCUAUUUUGCGCUGUGUGAAAUUAUUUUCUGUGGAAAAACAAGAGAAUUUUCUUUGUGGUACGCUUUAUUUUUCAUUUUGUACCACAAUUACAGUAUCAAAGGCUUCGAUCAAGGGAAAAUAAUAUUUUAAUUCACUCUGCUGUCAGUGUUUGACAGCUGUCAGCAGGAUAUCGGAGACAGCUGUGUAGAAUAAUUAAUUAAGGGACUUUCUCAGCUAUCAAAAUCGGUUUGACAUAGCAUAAAAAAACGGAUAUAAAUGGGAAAUUUCGUGAAUUUUUGUGUUAAACCUCGGUCAAAGUGCAUUUCCCGGCUGACCAAGUGUUAACAGUUGGCAAACGGUUAACAAUUCUGUUAACAAUUCUGGUUGGUCUCCUAACAAAAAAACAUCUGACUUUUUGUUUUUGUGGAACUAAAAACCAGAUUUUUUUUACUGCCACUGUUAACAUUCUGUUAACACCAAAGUGUUACUUCUGUGUUAACAAUAAAUUCUCAAAAUCAUUUUUUUAACAUUUUUUUUAAUUGUGCGAACUCCAAGAGAGAGCAGAUUUCACACAUUUAAACAAUAGAACACUGUUUUUUUUUAGUUAAAUUACAUUUUAUUUCAAAUAAACAUUUCCUUCGGUUAGAUCAGGAACUGUUCUAACUGCAUUUUGGCAACUUUUCAGGAGACCAUUUUUUUUUCACUUGAAUCACAUUUUAAUAAAAAUAAACUCUCUAAAUGAAUUAUUUUAUAUUGAAAAUAUCGAAAGAAUGACAAGUAAUCUGUCUAAUAAUGCAAAGAAAUUUGGAAAAAGUAGAUUUUGUUGUACAAAAAAUUAAGUAGGGGAAGGUUUUGCACCUUCGUAAUGUUGCAGCUUUGUAAAAGUUGAUUCUUUUCCAAGUUAUUAAAUGAAUUUCAUCCAUGGACGUAUAAUCUAAAAGCUAGUCCCAGAUCUCACAUUUCCUGAAAAACUUGGAAGCCUAGGCCUUUUUUCCUGGAUCCAAAAGGCAAAAAUAAAAAAUGGGCCUAAAAUCGUAAUUCUGAUGUGUAAUAUUUUAUGCAUUUUUGCACACCGCAAGUAUCUUUUCGAAAAAGCAACUAUUCCAAGUUAUAGAGGGUUUAUUAGGGUUAAUAUUUACCGUGAAAUUUUUUUUUUGUUUAAAGAGGGUCGUUUUUGAGGGUGGAGGAAAAUUCAUAAAAAUUACCACGCUUGCAGCUCAGGAAAAUUGAAUUUUGCAGCUUCGUAAAAACAUCUGUCAAAAUUACUGGCCACCAAAUUUGAGAAUUCCUCACUGUUUUGGGUCAGACUGUGCACUCUGCUCGCUAUAUUUGACUCAUCAGAAAGUCCACUGAAUAAAUUCACAAGAAAAUUGGGAUAUUAAACAAUUUUCACUAAAAUCUCGAAGGAAAACACGCAUUUCCCCAUCAAAAUGAGACUUCAUCAGAUGAUUUUAUUUCACUUCUGUCAAAUUAAACAUUAAGCCUGAAUCUGUCUAUGGUAGGUGUGAUUCUUUUAUUGACCAUGCGGUGCGUUUUGAGAAUUUUUCAUACAAUUUCCUUUGUUUUCAAGCGGAAAAAUCACUGAUUUUCAAAAAAAAAAAGUAAUGUAAGACAGAUUCGAGACGUUAGAGAAAAAAACAAGGAUUACAAUAGGUGUGAUAACUUCUUUCUCAUUUGUACAGUGAUGAAACUAGACUGCUUAUGGUAGAUGUGAUUCUUUAAUUGCCACUUCGAUGUAUUUUGAGUAUUUCUCGUAUAAAUUUUCUGCUCCACAAUGGGGCAGGGAACAACGGACAAACAAACAAAUUGAGGGUGGUUUGCAUCACGCCACAGUCACAAAGGACGUCACAAUUGGAGAAACCCCAUCGCUGCCUGUUGUCUCUCGAACGCGCUACGCCGCUCCUCAAACGGUUGAGAGACUUCCACGUCGUCCAGUUUAGAUCACCACCAGGAGGAAGGCCCUCCCUUAGUUCGACAAAAUCUGGUGGAAAGACUUUCUAGAACAUUUGAACUUCGUGGAACCAACACCAGGGGUGCCACAGUCGAAAAACCAAUUUCAAUAUCACAUAACCUCAAUUAUCUCGGCACGUGUUUAACCGAUUUUGAUCAUUACUUUGACAUAAUUGUAGAGAGCAUUCAUGUCUACAUUUCGUCCAUACAUCAUUUUUCGAUCAGAUAAUGCGAUCUGUUCGAUUUUGCCGUUUAAGUGUGAAAAAAUUGAUUUUUCCCAUAAUAAGGCUUUGAAACCACUCAGAUGCCAAUUUGACUGCCUCUAUUCCACCAAGACACUUAAAAUACAGUAGACUCUCUCUCAAUCGGGAAUAUGGGGCAAAAUGUCAUCCGGUUUAGCGAUAGAAUUGAGCGUCAAAGCCUUUGUAAAUUCUACAAAAACCGCUCAAUUAUGAAGAAUCACGAUAAAAUAGGAAGAACUAUAGCGAAUUUGAGCGAAUUAGGGUAACUGUCCUAAUUCAAAACCAUUUCCAGACGCUUUAACUUUGACAGAAGAUUCAACACAUUAAGUUCAUAUUUUUUCUGAAGAGAAUUACAUAAAUUUGCUCCUUGACUCUUCUAGCAUGUUAUUAUUUAGUGCAAAUUCUUUAAAUUGAGUUUGAAAACUACUUUAAUACAAGAAAAAUACACAAGUGCAAAAUGCUUCUAUUGGAAACAAUUUAAUCCAAAUGGAGACAAGGGAAAUUUUCCAAUUGGAGACAAACACUAAGUGAUUAAGAAAAUAGUUUAUUUAAUCAUUUCUUUUAGAUGAAAUUUUUAGUAUCCUCAUUCUCGCCUUUUUGCUCUUUUACUUUUUGAUCAUCUUUUGAACCGUUUAAGAACUUUGCAUUGUCAAUACCGUUACGAUCAAAUGAUAACAAGCCGCAUCCUCUAAAUCCACUUUUUGCUAUAUUUUCGAGAUUUAAGAGUGGCAAUGCAUUUGAUAAUACCGAUAAUACCCUUGCAAGAUUUCUUGGUUUCAAUCUGUCUCCAUCAUUUUCCAUUCUCCACUGAGCUAAAGCUCAGUGGAGAAUGGACCACCUUUUCGCCUUUGGGAGAAAGCAUAACACCAGUUUCGUUUAGAUUAAAGAUGCGAUCAGGAGGGAAUUCCAGAAGAUCUUUCGAUUCUAAGUAUUCACGGGUUUUCUCAAACCAGUCAGUGAUGUUCUCAGAGGUAACACAGGCUCUUUGGGUGGUAUAUGAUUCUGGUUUACGACGGCUUAAUUCUGGAUGUCUCUUCAAAAACUUCCUGAACCAAGCAUAUCCUGGCCUUCCAUCUACAAACUCAUUGGUGAUCUCGAACUUCUUACACAUGAGCUGUACAGUGUCAAGGACUUAAUCCUUAGUUAUGGGAUGCCAUUUGUCAGCGCAUUCCAAAAUCCAUUCAACAAGCUCGUCUUCCAUGACCUUUGGUAAAGUGGGGCGCCUUCCCACACUGCAUUCCUCCGGAUAUCUUCUAGUAAGCUUAUUAUAAAGUGUUGAUUUCGGAACGUGAAACAAAACAGACACCUCUUUUAGUGAUUUUCCACGACGAAAGGCUUCCAAAGCUUUGUUGAGUUGCUCUUAAGUGUAGGUUUUGUUCUUUUUCCUGGUCUUAUUUUCCUUUCCCAUCUGAAACAAUAAGGAGAUCGCUCCAAUAAACCCAUAUUUUCGGUGUUUCCCAUUGAAGCACUUGCGCACAUUUCACAAAUGCACUUUUUCUUCAGAAAAUAUGUAAUUAUUUUAAUUGAGCACUUCACUUACGGUUAACAAUAAAAUUUAAGACUUAAUUUCACUAAAAUUUGCCAGAUAUAGUGCAUAAACGUCAAAAAAUUAAUAAACAACAAUCAGCUUACUUGCCUUUUUCAUAAGAAAAAAUGGUCGAUCGAUGAUUUUUUUCGACGGUGAAAAGUUACACUGUCAAUUGAAAUGAGACUUUUAAAUCUUAAAACUUAUUUAUAUGAAUGGAUUUACGCUUCAUUUGAACCACAAGGAACUAAAUAAUAAAAAUAUAGCACAGAAAAUAUAUGAAUAAAAAUAUAAUUAGAGUAAUUUAUUAUGGAAAAAAUAAGUUUCCAUUUGGAGUAGCAAAAAAAUUCCAAUUGGAGCAGGUUUUGAAUUAGCUUAAUUUACCCUAGCUUCAUAAUUAAACGUGAAAAUUGUUAAAAACAUUUGUCGCCCGAUUGAAAAAGAGCCGAUUGAGUGAGAGUAUACUGUAGGGUUUUAAAUAGAAAGUCUCACAAAAUACAACAAUUCUUUGAUAUAGUUGAAGUUCAUCAAAUGAACACUUAGGGCGCUCUGGUCGAAAAAACGAGUUAAGAAACAAAAAACCUCGCUUAUCUUGGCUUCUGAGUAAUCGAUGAGAUCACGUUCUAUGGGAAAAUUAUAGAGAACAUUGUGGUCUACAUUUCACCCAUAUAACACUUUUCUGUCAGUUCAUCCAAAUCCUUGAUAUUUUUGUUUAAAUACAAAAUUUGUAUAAUUUCACGAAUUUGAUUCAAAAGAUAACUGAAUGGCGUCCCCCAACUUCAGCUCUAAAUCGAAUUUGCAUGCAUUCCGAGUUAGCUCACAUUAAGAAUCUCACCUAUAUAAGCCGGUUAGGAUUAUCUGUCCCUUUUCUUUUCCUGAAUAUCUGGAGUCUUGAGGAAAUUAGCCAAGAAUCUUACAUCCUUCUAUUAUGAUGUCGUACACAAACCGAUAGAUUUCAAUUAAUGUAAAUAGUAAAAAAAUGUUUUUCCCCGGAUCAUAUAUGACUCUAAUGACGCAAAAGAGUUAAAUUGGCUCCUGGAAAGGCACCUGGUGUGGACUUAAUUACUGACACCAUGCUCCAUGAGCUCCCUCUUACACGUCUAAGACGAAAUUUUUAAAAAUGAAUUCUGUUAAUCGUCCAUUUGCAAUGUCAAACACUUCUGAGUUCAAUUCUUGAAUCUUUCUUUCAACCCUUUUUACUUUUGUCAAAGAAAAAAGUCUCUCGAGGAAACACAAGAAAUUCAAUUAGAAAAAAAGCAACAAAAAAAAACAUUAAACCAAUUGCGAGUGAAAGAAUUUUGUGAAACAAAAUGGGGGCAAUAGGGAGUAUUUCUUUUUUUUCUCAAUUUUUCUUUUUCAAUUUUCUAUUUCAAAUUAUUAUUAUUAUUAUUAUUUUUUGUAAAUAGGAGUUAAGAAGAAUCGGAAUGAAUAGACAUUAAACACACACACACACACUCAUAGAAAGUGAAGAAGAAGAAGAAGAAGAAAAACAACAUACAGCAUUAGGAAAAAAAAGGAAUAAAAUAAUUAAUCACUAAAAGUAUAGGCAUAAGAUUUUACUGAAUAGGAAUGAAGAUGACAAGGUGAGCAAGAAGAAGAAGAAGUAAAAAAAAAGAAACCCUAAAUAUUAAGUGAUUCUAGGCCAUAAGAUAUAAGUUGUAAACGUAAUAAAAGUAAUUUAAAAAAGAAGAAAAAAAAAAGUGAAGCAAAAAAAAUGAUGAAAAAUGGAUAAAAGAAAUGAUGAAAAAAAUACUUAAUAAUGUUACGUGUGUAAAACUGAUGAUGAAAAAUAUUAAAAAAGAAAAAAAAGAAGAAAAAAAGCGUAUAGGAUUGGAGGAUUAUUGCGAAGAAGAAGAAGAAGAUAAUAGUGAACAAGAAAACCACGAAAUGAAUGCAAGAAAAAAAAGCAAAUUAUGAUGAAGUUACUACAAAAGUAUACAUGAGAUGAAAAAAAAAACACUAAAUUGUGUAUAAAAUAAAUAAAUAUAUUAU